CUAACUCCGCAUUCCGGAUUUUUCGAGGCAAAAGACGGUGUCCCCACUCUCGUAUAAAAACGACAUCACAAGCGUGACCCAAUUCGAAACAGAAACUCUUAGGUCUCCCUCACCAAACCAACUGCCUAACCCUUUUUGCUGGGUAAUAAUCGCACUCCCCUUUCGAUCUCUUUCCCGAUUGCCGCUGUUAUUGUUGUCGCUUUACCAUGGCUUGUGCUAGCUUCGCUAAGCUAAACGCCGCGUCUUCCACGUGGAUCGGUGGCCAUCAGUCUUUCCCUCAACGGUCCGGAUCGUCAACUCGACUCGUCACUCGCAGAAUCUCGCUCCCGAUCCGUGCUGGCGCUUACACCGACGAGCUCAUCCAAACCGCUAAAACUAUUGCAUCACCUGGCCGUGGAAUCCUGGCAAUUGAUGAAUCGAAUGCUACAUGUGGGAAGAGAUUAUCUUCUAUUGGCUUAGACAAUACGGAGCCCAACCGCCAGGCUUACAGACAGCUUCUGCUCACAACUCCUGGCCUUGGUGAAUAUAUUUCUGGUGCCAUUCUUUUUGAGGAAACACUUUACCAGUCAACGACAGAUGGGAAGAAGUUUGUAGAUAUCUUGCGUGACCAGAAAAUUAUGCCUGGCAUCAAAGUUGAUAAGGGUUUGGUUCCUCUUCCAGGAUCAAACAAUGAAUCUUGGUGCCAGGGCUUGGAUGGAUUGUCGUCAAGAUCUGCUGAAUACUACAAACAAGGUGCUCGGUUUGCCAAGUGGAGGACAGUUGUUAGCAUUCCUUGUGGUCCUUCUGCUCUGGCUGUUAAGGAAGCUGCAUGGGGACUUGCACGUUAUGCUGCCAUUUCUCAGGACAAUGGUCUUGUGCCAAUAGUGGAACCUGAGAUUCUUCUCGAUGGUGACCACCCUAUUGAGAGGACCCUUGAAGUAGCGGAGAAAGUCUGGGCAGAAGUCUUUUUCUACUUGGCUGAGAAUAAUGUUAUAUUUGAGGGCAUCUUACUCAAGCCCAGCAUGGUAACCCCAGGAGCUGAACACAAGGAGAAGGCUUCUCCAGAGACUAUUGCCAAAUAUACACUCACAAUGCUCAAAAGGAGAGUUCCACCAGCAGUUCCAGGAAUCAUGUUUUUGUCUGGAGGACAGUCUGAGGUAGAAGCCACAUUGAACUUGCAUGCAAUGAACCAGAGCCCCAAUCCCUGGCAUGUUUCUUUCUCGUACGCACGUGCAUUGCAGAACACUGUGCUUAAGACAUGGCAAGGGCGUCCUGAGAAUGUUGAAGACGCACAGAAGGCUCUUUUGGUGCGUGCAAAGGCAAACUCACUGGCUCAGCUUGGAAAAUACUCUGCCGAGGGUGAAAGUGAGGAAGCUAAGAAAGGAAUGUUUGUCACGGGCUAUACCUACUAAGCUAUAAGUUUGGACAAGGCAACGUCUUUUGCUGUUAACAAAAGUGUAAUUGCUGGUUUUCAAUUUUUUUUUUAGCUAUGGCUCUUUGUGUGAGGAUACUUGCUAUUAGAUACGUUUUAUAUUUUAUUUUUAUGCCUCCCGAAACUAGAGGUUAAAUAAAUACUGGUGGGACUAGAAAUUUUGGGACAGUAGUACCCAUAAAGAAUAAAUUGCAUUCCUAAAUUUUGAA